AUGUUCUCUCUCCGACGGAUCGCGCUCGCCCCGCGUGUCUGCGGUACCACCACGGCGUCCAUCACCCCGUCCGGUGUCUCGAUGCCAAUAAUGGCCAGCCAAUGCAACAGACGAUACUCCAGCAGCAGCAGCAAGCCAAGCAAUCCCUCCGCCCCGAGCAACAACAGCAACAACAGCAACGGCACCGCAGCCACCACCGGGAUUGCGGCCGCGGCUGCGGCGUUGAAGAGGAGUGGACGGGCGGGGUUGAAGACUGUGCGGUCCUCCGCUGGGGCUAUGGGAGUCAAGGAGGGAACCAACAUCCCCGUCGUGCCAAGUACGGAUCAUUUGCACCCUGCUGACGUAGCAAUUUCUACCUUCUUUGCCCAGCACCGUCCGGUGAGCAUCUCCCAUGUCGUACCGCUCUCCUACUCCGAGACCUCCUUCGACUCCAUUUUCACCCGCCGCAAGCUCUCGCCCAUCCACGACUCGCAUGCCUCUUCGAUGGCCGCCGACUUCGGCGCCCCCGAAAACAACGCCAGUGAAGUCAUCACCCCAGAGAACCUUGUCGGCGGCAAGCGGUAUAUGCCGUUCUGCCCGCCCCCUGUGCCACAGGCCCAGACUGCAUUCGUGAGGCCGGCAAAGGUACAAUUCAACACCCGCAUCGUUGAUAUGCCGUUGGAGAGGAUCAUGAUCAGACAGCAGAUCCAGGAGGAGAAUGCUAUGGACGAGAUGAAGGACAUGGUUGAGCCCGAAAGCGAGGACAGGGGCGUGAUGCAGGCGCUGUCUGUAAAGAGACGGAGAGGCCUGAGGAUGAAGAAGCACAAGUUGAAGAAGCUCAGGAAGAGAACCAGGAACUUGAGGAGGAGAAUUGAGUCUCACUCGAAAUAA